AUGGGGUCAUACACCACUGUAUUGGCUGAGGGGGGGGGCGGCGUCGCGACGGCGGCGGGGGGGGCGAGGGACAGAAUGAACAUAGACAAACUGAUCAGCAGAAGAGAUGACACCUCACUGCAAGGUGUGAUGACUACUGUCACAGCUGUAAAAGAAGCAGAAGAAGAAGAAGAUAUGAUAAUGAGAGCAGUGCUUCUGCAGCUCAUUGAUGCCACUGCCUCUAUCUUCAAUCUGGCUUUCUUGACAGUCACAGAGACCGCCGCUGCAUCAUGA